AUCAAUGUCAAUUCCAACAUUUGAAGGCUGUUUACGAUCACUAUUUACGAAGGGCUUGGCCUUCCUUCUCCUGAGGCCAGGCAAUUAUAUCGCAAUUGAGAUGCGAUCAGUUGACCGUAUGAUUCAGCACUUGAGUAGCACGAAGAGUGCCAAGCCUGAAAACAAUGCUGUUCCUCUUACUCUGUCGUAUAGCAGAAGCUGUACCGUGGAAGCUCUUCAGUUAGUGCAAAAGUGCCUAUACCAGAUUUCACCAGAUAUCCCUCACGCAUCCUGUGCACUUCGGUCUCCACUAUUAAUUCAAGCCGUAUCUCUGCUCUGUUCUUUGACUAGGGAUAUUUCCACCUACCAGUCUUACUUGAUGUCGCCACUUCAAAAUGUCUCGCUUGAUGAUCCUAGUUGCUCUUUUCCUGGGCCUGUUUAGCAACAUCUGCGUUGCAGGACCGACAAAGACUCAUGUUGUACGAACCAGUGUUAAACGCGUAUGCACUCCAAGCGUCACUGCUAUCACCGACCCGAGUUGCACUGACUGGCUGGUUGGCCAGAAGGUAACCGGAAAAGCAGUUUGUGUUUCCCUGAACGAGGCAAAGGAUGCGAUUAUCGUUUCAUACCCCGCGUAUGAAGAUUUCACUUAUAACACAGUCCAUGUGUGGAUUGGCACAUCACAGCCAACAGAUGACAAUCCAGGCACGGCUCCUGGACAGUAUCCAUAUUCCUCGGACAAGACCCCGUCGAUUUGCAAGAUCACGGGGCAGACAGCAACCUGCACUAUCCCGUUGGCUGAUCUUCCUCCGCUAAUUCCACCGGAUACUAAGUGCGGGGCACCAUAUUACAUCGUCACUCACGCAAGUAUCAGCAACCCCACCAAAUCCGAGACUGGAACAGGGGGGAACCCAGGCGCUUGCAUUAAGUCCACUUGUAAACCUUGGUUCACAUACUGGAAGUUCAACUUUGCCUGUGGAUGUACAGAAGAGCCUCCGCCCCAAACCAAGUGGUGUGACGCUGAGACCGCAUUUGGAAAGGAGCCCCGCUCAAUCACGUUCGACAAUUUGCAGGUGCCACAAUGUAGCAAUCGCUGGGGGUGGUACAGUUGGACAUCCUCGUCAGUCAGCGGGACGCUCUGGGCUGGCGCAGGCCAGAACGAUAUCUCCAAGGGCGUUGACGUCGGCCAGUGGACAGCCACCAUAACCGGGACGAAAGUCACAGUCACAUACACGCUGACCAACAAUCCACCGAGCAAAGUUUGGGAAAUUACUCAAGCACACGUGUAUGCCUCUUGCAAGAAGCCAACCAAUUGUGGACCUGGAUCAUACACCGUGGUCGCAGAGGGUUUGUCGGGAACAAGCUGGACAUCUCCCGAGAUCUCCGCCACCGGCUGUACUGCGGGUGAUAAAGUCUACAUCAUCGCGCAUGCAGCUGUACGGCAGCAGAUUCCAGCUACAGAAACCUGUCCUGCCAAAGUGCCUGAUGAAGGGUGAUCCAGGCAACUAGCUUAAGUGAAUAACUCAGAAG